UAUGAUUAUACAAUGUGAUUUUUUGGUGAUAUAGAAUGCUUUGAAAUGCAAUUUUGGAUUGUAAAUAGGUGUAUAUUUGUGGGAUUGUGUUGCAGGUUUCAGAUUAUAAGUGUAACAUUAUCCUAUACAAGUCUUUUGCUGACAAAGGGAUUUAUGACGACGAUUUUUACCGCAAAGAGCUCCCAGCUCUGCUCCACCAGCGCGACCCCGAUCCCUACCUCACCACCGCCGAACUCUCCAGGCUGAUGGAGUGGAAGCUCUCCCGCGGCAAGUGGCGCCCGCGCUUGCUGUCCUUCGUCUCCUCCCUCGACGACGCACUCGUCAGGGACGCCUCCCGGAAGGCCUUUGCUGCCUUGCCUGACGUCUCUAAGGCUGUCUCGGGGUUGACGGUCUUGAAGGGCGUCGGACCCGCCACCGCCUCCGCCGUCCUCGCCGCCUAUGCGCCUCAUGUCGCGCCCUUCAUGUCCGACGAGGCGAUGACAGCGGUUAUCGGGAACUCGAAGGAUUAUUCGUUGAAGAGAUAUGUGGCAUUUGUGGAAAAGAUGCAAGAUAAGGCAAAGGAGCUGUCUAGUCCGGAUGAUAUAUUCACACCAUCAGAUGUUGAAAGGGCACUCUGGAGUUGUAGUGCUGCUGCAAAGGUGAGAAGCUCGUCGACAAAGGCAGACGACGUCGAGUCAGAGCGCAAGUCCAAAAGAAGGAGGAAACAGUAACAUCCGUCGCUUGGUGAGACUCAACAUGCACUAUCUACUAUCCUCUCUAUCUGACAGCUUCAAUCAUGAAUAGAGCUGCUCAAAAAGUCCAGUUCUUAGCGUCUCUAAUCAGCGUCUGUUCAUGAAACUAGGUCAUAGUUCUAGUUCAGGGUGUGUAAGACAAAAUUUGCUAGGCAAUUUCAAGUGAAUUGUAAAAUUUUGAAAAAUGAUGAUCAAGUGUAUAGCUUGCUUACUACU